GUGGGUCAUCAAAGCCUUCAUAUCUACAAGAAGUCUCUUUCUUUCCAGAAGACUGAAGACCCGAAGGCCAAAACCCAAAACCAAAACCCAAACCCCACCACCACCAAUUCCAAAUUUCCAAUACAAUAGUGAAUGAUCUCACAGAACCGCGUAAUCUACAGUCACCGUCCUCCCUCCCUCUCUACCUACCCCUCCCCUCUCCUCCCAAAGCCGCGUUCACAUCUCCCUACACGCUUCCUCUCACCCUCCUCUCUCUUUUGUAUCUUUUCGCUUCCUCUCCUUUCUCAUAUAAACGCGCAACCCCAUUUCCCAUUUCCCCAUUUCUCGAUCUUCUCUCUCUCUCUGUCUUUUGCUUUCUUCUCAAUUCACACCUCGAUUUUUCACAGUUUGUCGAGUACCCACUUUGCGGAAUCCUCCUUUUCUUCGCUUUAUGAAACUUCCCUCUUCAGCUCAAGACGACUUCUCCUAUAUUUACGCUUUGUUGCAGGGCUCGCUUGAUCAAAUGAGCGAGCACACUGUGAGCAGUAAUGGCGAUAAGAAGAAGCGUGGACGAAAAGGAGAGGGCGACGGCGACGGAAGCGAUGAUGGGUCUGAGGAAAAACCAGAAGGAGAGAAGAAGGGCGUGAGAGAAAUCAUCACUUCUCUGCUGUUACUGGACGAGCAAGAGAAGUGCGAUCGGGAAGAGUGGGAUAAGGUCACCAGAGAAGAGAAGGAGCUGUUCGAGGCCAACCACAGGAAAAAAUCUCGUGCUAUGUUGAGUUAUUACUCAAAUCUUCAAGAUUAUUACUCUGAAUUGAACGAGUCUAGUCAUAUGUCGAGAAAGAGGUCUCGGGCAGUGAGGAAUGCCGCCGCUGCUGCCGCCACCGUCGCUUCAAUUGUUUCGGAUUCCGGAAGUGGGGUUAGGCAGGGGAGGGACGGCCAACACCGCCGGCUGUGGGUGAAGGACCGGUCGAAGGCGUGGUGGGACGAGUGCAACAAGCCGGAUUUUCCCGACGAAGAAUUCCGGCGGGCGUUUCGAAUGGGCAGGGAAACGUUUGAUUUAAUAUGCGACGAGCUCAAUUCGGUGGUCGCGAAGGAGGACACGAUGUUGCGGGCGGCGAUUCCGGUGAGGCAGAGGGUGGCUGUAUGCAUUUGGAGGUUGGCCACCGGCGAGCCUCUUCGUCUUGUUUCGAAACGGUUUGGUUUAGGUAUAUCUACUUGCCAUAAGCUUGUUCUUGAGGUUUGUUCAGCAAUUAGGACUGUUUUAAUGCCUAAGUAUCUUCAAUGGCCUGAUGAGGUUUCGUUAAGAAGGAUUAAAGAAGAAUUUGAAUCCAUUUCUGGAAUUCCCAAUGUUGUGGGUUCAAUGUAUACUACUCAUAUACCAAUUAUAGCUCCCAAGAUUAGUGUAGCUGCUUAUUUCAAUAAGCGGCACACGGAGCGAAACCAGAAGACCUCGUAUUCGAUCACGGUCCAAGGUGUUGUUGAUCCAAACGGGGUUUUCAGUGAUGUGUGCAUUGGUUGGCCUGGAUCAAUGCAUGAUGAUCAGGUGUUGGAGAAGUCUGCCCUUUACCAGAGGGCUAAUGGGGGGCUUUUGAAGGGUGUUUGGAUUGUUGGAAACUCAGGGUACCCCUUAAUGGAUUGGGUACUGGUGCCCUAUACUCAGCAGCAUUUGACUUGGACUCAACAUGCCUUCAAUGAGAAAAUUGGGGAGAUUCAGAGGGUUGCUCGGGAUGCCUUUGCGAGGCUAAAAGGGAGGUGGUCUUGCCUGCAGAAACGAACCGAGGUUAAGCUGCAGGACUUGCCUGUGGUGCUCGGAGCAUGCUGUGUUUUGCACAAUAUUUGUGAAUUGAGGAAGGAGGAAAUGGAUCCUGACCUGAAGAUCGACCUCGUGGAUGAUGAGAUGGUCCCUGAAUUUGCUUUGAGAUCUUCGAAUUCAAUGAAGGCUAGGGAUGCCAUUGCUCAUAAUCUUCUGCACCAUGGUCUUGCAGGAACAGCUUUUCUAUAGUCCAAAAAGAGUUCUUUUAUGCCCCUACCCUUCGAGGUAAUUUGUAUCCUCGCUUAUUGGUCACCUGCUUCAGCUGUUUUGGGGAAUUAUAACAUCGUGUUGUAGUAAUUCAUCAAAAUUGGUUGAAGGGGCUCUGCAGAAAGAUCAAAAAGAUCACUCUGUGCUCCUCUCCCAAAUGGAUGAACAUGGUUAAGUCCUCGUAGGCUUGACGUAUAAGUUAUACCUAUAGAUUGCAAAGAUGCGAUGUAAGGGGAGUAUCAAUCUCAUACUUCAUUUGAAGAGUUUCAGACAUGAAGAAUGGAGCAACACAACAUUCUUCGUGGCAUUCUUUUGCAUGCCCCCAGUGGAUCGUAACUAUUUGUUUUGAAUGUUAUACAAACACAUACAUGAAAAAUGGUAUUUUCAUGCGAAACCUAUUGCAUGUAUAAUGGCUGAAAUGAUGUAAAAUUUUCCCGUUUCAAUUGUACCUAUCCGAGCUACAAAUCCUUCAUUUUGGUCAUAAAUAAAUAAUAAAAUUCUAGUGCUACAUUUCAGCAAA